GCUGCGGUCGAGAAAUCAUUAAGACUACUACAGGCACUGGUGCAAAUAGCAGCUGGUACUACAUCAUCGGCUGCCGAUGCAAAGACUUGGAACACGGCCAGAGGACAAUUUGCACUCGCACGCCGCUACCUCCGCCUCUUCAAAUGGAUAGAUUUUAGCCAACUCACGCAGCAAGCCUUCGCUUCCUCUGAACACGAUCCUACACGACGUAUCCUCAAGACUGCAAAAAAUGCUCUGCUGGCCCUAUACUUCUUCAUGGAGAUGUUUUGUAUCACCAACGCCAUGAACGUUACCCACUCUCCCUUCCUAGUCUCGCUGCAACACCACGCCCUUCAAGUAUGGUUCUUCGCCAUCAGUGUGUCUUUCCUCUUGACCUGCUAUGAAUUGCUGUGUUUCUCUUCCUCUGGAUUCACGAAACCUCAACUCUACUCCAAUCUCAUCAUUGACUGCUGCGAUAUCCUAAUCCCCGGUUCUGCGGUAAAUUGGAUCCCGGUAACUUCAGUGACUGUGGGUAUUGCAUCGUCCAUCUCCAGCUUGAUCGUCGGGAAACAGAUUUGGGAGCGUGUGCAGAUGGAG